CACCUUUGUUGAGAAAAGUUUGCUUCGAUUCUCCUUUCCCGAUCCCGAAAAUUUUACGAUGGCUGUGGUUCACUUUCUUGUCGCUGACACUACCAUUGGAGCCGCUUCGAAUGGCAUCGGAGUCGCAAAAAUCCUACUUCGAAACUUUCAUGCUUGCAAUACCCUCUCUCUGAUUGAUUCAUAUGCGGAGCAGUCAUCUUCUUCAUCACCGUCCGCCAGAGCUCUGCAAAUCUCAUCGGUGAGCAGUAAUGCCGUCGACGCUGUCGCCUCACCACCUGCCAAAUCAUGUUCAUGCAGAGUACCUCGUCGGACCCUUCUCCGCAGAAAACGACGAAAUAAGCGCAGGUUAUCCGGUGAUGACUCCGAGAACGUCGGAGACGAGGGGUUCCUUUCCGGUGACGGUGGCGAUGGUCCUUCUGGGGGUAAUGACGGUGGUUUUGGAGGCGGCGGUUGGAACUAUAAUGGAUUUGGUGAAGGGCGUGACGGGGAUGAAUCGUCGUCUUCGCAUUCGGAUCCUGCUUUUGAUUUUGUCUAUGAGGUGCUGUCCUGGAUCAUGCUUUCUAAUUGCCUCCAUUUUGCGUUCAAGAAGAUUAUCCGAUCGGCUGCGGACGGCAUUGUGGGUGCUGACAGAGGAAAAGUUCUUGGGAAACCGGUGCCAACGAUUUGGUACCUUUUACUGCAUCGAAAUAUAUCCUUUUAGGAAAGUAGGCUGAGAGCUGGGAUCAUUUAUGU